AUAUAUAUAAUGUCAAAUAAAAUGUAGUAUGCUAUCUCGCGAUUCUCUAAAACUUCAGAAAAUAGUUUACGAAGAAAAAAUAAAGUCAAAAAAUAACAAAUAAAACCGAUAUUGCACAGCAUUUACAUGACAAAUGUAUAAAACAGGUAGAUCAUUGAAUCAAAUUUAUCACUUGUAACAACCAUUCGGAUAAUUGAUCUUUUACAACGUCUCGUCGUCUUUGGCCUGAAGGCGUUGUGACGUCAAGUAAAGGUUCGAGUGAACUAAAUAAUUUUCGUUAACUUUGUGUAUAAAUUGUUGCCAUUCAAAUGGAGAAAAAGCCAGGUCCGAUAGUUCGUUUGGUUGAUGGUUUCGUUUGGAUGUUAGAUGCACCAGUGAUCUGGUUUCGAGAAAAUAUCGUCCUGCCAAAUAGGCAGAAAUAUCCCUACUAUCAUCAACAAUUCCGUCGAGUUCCAACAAUUGAUGAAUGUCACGUAGAUGAUGUAGCCUGUUACUUUGAGGCAAACCAUCAAUUUCUUCGGGAUAAAAAGGUCGAUGACAAAAUUCUUUUUAUACUAAGAAAUCGAUACGAAGAAUGUGCACUUAAUAGUAUGGAGGAAUUACAGCUUUGUGGCCAUUUAAAAAAAACCUAUGACGAUGCUGUUACAAACCAUUUUAUAAAAUAUGGAGACCUCGGUUGCACUAUCAACGUAGUAGAUGCAUUUAUGAAGCAAAAACAUCGUAUGGCUUGGGAACGACGACAUGGUCCUAUUGGAAGCGGAAUGAAAGACUAAAUUUUGUAGCUUGAUAAUUCAUGUAAGAUAUGUACCAUUGUAUAGACACUCUGUAAGUUGAAUUAAAUAUACAAAUUAAAAAAAUUUUUAAUUUUUUUUUGCUUA